AUGGACCUGCAGGAGCCGGGCGCUUGUUUCGUCUGGGGGUUUCUUUCCGUAGCGGCGCCGACGUCUCGUCACUCGUUCCGUUACGACGGCCCGCGGCCCCCUCCUUCUGGGCAGACGCAGUCGGAGAGUGGCAUUGAGGAGGAGGAUGAGGAGGAGGAGGGUGAGGGCGAGGAGGAUGAGGACGAUGAGGGGAGCGGGGAUGACAGUGAGGCCGGGUGGGAUCCCAAGACGCAUGGCGGUGGGGAAGGGGGGGAUGAUGAUGAGGACCAUGAGAUGGAUGGGUUGGAGCCAGAGGAGGUGGAGGAGGAGGUGGGAGAGGUUGGUGGAGGGGCGGCGACAGAGGCUGCCUCACAGCAUAUGGGUGAAGGAGGAGGGAGCGUGGGGGUUAAGGUGGGAAGAAAGCUUGCGUCCAUUGCAGGGCCGAAGCAGAGGAAGAGGGCGAACAAGUUGAGGGUGCGAGGGUAUCCCUGCACAUUCACUAGGGAGCCCUUGGGCGAGGGUGUGAUCGCUCCAGACUACGUCGAUCGGUGGCCGCAUGCCAAGUCUUGGCCGCAUCUCGCCAAGAAGAAAGGGAAGGCGUCCGGUGGAGCUCAGGGGUCAGGCGGGAUGGGGCGGUUCAUGACAACCAAGCUAUCCACGGUGGAGCUACGGCAGUCGAUCGCCAAGCUGGUGGUCACUUGCGACCUCCCCUUCCGCGUCGUCGAGGCCGAGGCUGUGAGUGUCCCAUGCCUGCUGUAUGAAGGGGAUUUGGCAGUAUGUGGCUGA